AUGCCAAACGAAAAUAAGUAUAAUACGAGAUCACGUAGUAAACACCGUGAAGAUCAAGACGAAUCAUUAGAUAACCUUGAUUGGCAAAAUAUCGACCCUAAAAAUUUAACAUUGGAUCAACGCAAAUUUUUAAACUUACCAAGUGCGGGCGCAAAACUAGAUAAAGAUAUUCCGGCGGAUACAAACCAAACGCGUCAGAAUUUCGAGGAAAAGCAAAGAGAAUUCGAUCGAUUACGUCACGAAGAGGAACGUAGACAACGCGAAGAGGAACGGUUGCGUCACGAACAAGAGGAUCGGCAACGCGAAGAGUAUCGGCAACGCGAAGAGGACCGGUUACGUCGCGAACAAGAGGAUCGUCAACGCGAAGAGGACCGGUUACGUCGCGAACAAGAGGAUCGUCAACGCGAAGCGGGACAACAGGAAAACGCGGAUUUAAAUCGAGAAAUUGUGAACUUAAACCGUGAAUUAGUCCCUAAUAUGCAACCUAUAAAUGUAAUAAUGUCACCAUCCAUUAAAUAUGCCGUGGAAGCAGUUCCUUAUUUUACCGGUGAAAAUAUUCCCUUGUCGCAUUUUAUCGAUGGCUGUAACGAAGCCCAUGCUAUGAUUCCAGCAAACGAGGAACAAAAUCUUGUUUUUAUGUUAAGAAAUAAAUUACGUGGCGAAGCGCGUAGAACGAUACAGGGAUUACAAUUUGAAACUAUUAACGACUUCUUAUCUCAUCUUAAAGAAUUAUAUGAGCCACCCAAGUCACUUUAUCAAUUACAAGGGAAAAUGGGGAGAAUAUUUCAACGCGAUGACGAAAGUACUCUAUCGUAUACUAACCGAGCUCGUGAGUUAGGUAACCAAAUAUUGGAUGUAAUAGAAGCCCAAUUACCUGUCGGUCAAGCACUUUCUGACGCGGACAAAGCAAGAUACGGAAACGAAUUUAAAAGUUGUUUAAUAAAAGGACUUAAACCCGAGAUCGAGCAAAAAUUUUCAAGAGAUAAAAAUUUCCAAAAUACAUUAUUUGAAGCGGUAGUGAUCGAAAAAGAAUUACGUGCUAAAGAUUUACUCAGAGGAAAAAUAUCAUCUGAAAGAGAUAUAAAUUAUUCAAAUAGGGCCCGAUACAACAGUAACAAUAAUAAUAAUAAUAAUAAUAGCCGAUUCCGUGGCAGUGAUCAAAUUAAUAGUCGAUUUAACAAUCGUUACAGGGAUAAUAAUCAACCCAAUUACAAUCGUUAUAAUGAUAAUAAUACCGAUCGCCGUGAUAAUUCACAUAUUGCUAAUUAUCGAAAUAACAAUCAGUAUAACGGCAAUAAUGAUGGUAACAUGGAUAGUAGUUCUCGAAAUGCUUUCAAUAAUCCAUCAUUUUCACGAGAACCGGUAAAUGGAAAUAUCGAUGAAAAAAUUUGUUAUUACUGUAAAUCUCCGGGACAUUUUAUGGCAGACUGCACAAAAAGAAGAAAUUACAACCAAGCGUUUACCGAUAGACCGCCAGGUCCUUCUAGCGACGGAAGAGCUCGUAUAAACGAAGAAAGGUCGGGAAACUACACACCACCCCUGCGUCAGGGCGCGACACGGGAGGUCGGAAGAUCAGAGCGUCCAGUAUUACAGGUAGUUGCCGAGGAAAUGGAACCGGAGGAGAACACGGAGAUGUUCCAGUGGCAGUGA